UGCGCAGUAAUCAUUAACGUAGAACCACUUUUGUUGAAAAUACUAUUGUGAACCACAACAAAUCACUCAAAUGUCAGUGAAAAGCAGGUUUGCGAUGAUUUUCGAAGUUAUACGGUGUUUGAUAUGACGAUGAAAAAAUCAAACACCAAGACUAAUAAAGUCGCAACACUUAGUCGACAUUUAGAUAGUGCAGCUCAAGGAGAGACCGAGGCAGAGAGAACUUCUAUUUCGACAACGACCACUACAAUAACAAAUCGUCAUUAUUCUUUUAUCAACAACUCGAAUAUUUCACCACAAGUAAAUUAUCCAGGCAGCUUAGAGAGUUUGCAGAACUCUGCUGAACAAAAUCAUGCAACCGUUCGUCUUAGGCAUGAUCAGCACUGUCACAGCUCUCCAGGCUCAGCCACACUAAUAUCUGAAGAAUCCAAUCAUAGGAAAAGGGAAAGAAUGGGUCUUUUUCGAAACCUUAGAAGGAAAUUUUCAUCGUUUUCAAUUAGAAAAUCAGAAGGGGCAGAGUGCAAUGGGCACAUAGGGGAUAUCCAGUUCCAAAAUAUUACAGCUAAUAUGAAUAGUUCAAGGUUAAAAGAGAGAAAUCUGCAGCCUCGUGAUUGUGAAUCUCGUUCUAGCUCUGUCUCUCAAAGUUGUGAUAAUUUGAACUCUCCAUUAAAAAUAUACAUGUCCCCAGCAAAAUUUAAUGAAUGGCAUUCCAACACAGACCAUUUUGAUUUGGAAGUACCUAAAGAUAAACCAGGUUGCAUAUCAAAAGAUAUUUCUAGAUUUAAUCCUGCUGCAUCAUCACAAUGUGAUGAGUAUACACAGGAUGAUACAAUUUCUGAUGUUAUGGAUAGUUACAACAAAAAUAGUGAAGAAGAUAAUAAUUCAAAUUCUGAACCUGUCUAUGAAUUGGCAGAUUGUGUUGAGUAUGAUCCUAUAAAAGAACAAACUAAAAUAUGGAGUCCAAAAGUAUGGAGUUUGACUCAAGAAUUGUUUAGGUUAUCAAAGUUUGGUUGGUAUUGGGGUCCCAUAACUCGCAAUGAAGCAGAAGAUAAAUUAACAAACCAGCCAGAUGGUGCGUUUCUAGUUCGUGACAGCUCAGACGAACGCUAUCUCUUAAGUCUCUCAUUUCGUUCCUAUGGCCGCACUUUGCAUACUCGUAUUGAACAUUGCAAUGGAAUGUUUAGUUUCUAUGCACAGCCAGACACAGAGGGGUAUCCCUCCAUUGUAGACUUGAUUGAACAUUCGAUGAAUGACUCACAAACUGGGAUAUUCUACUACUCUAGAUCCCGUUCACCCGGUGCUCCGCAGUAUCCAGUACGUCUGACAAAACCUGUCUCAAGAUUUACACAGGUGCGAUCAUUACAAUAUUUAUGUCGUUUUGUCAUUCGGCAAUAUACAAGAUAUGAUCAUAUUCAACAGUUGCCGUUGCCAACUACUCUCAAAGGUUGGAUUGAAGAAAAUCAAUACUGAAGAUCUUUAAUUUUUUUUUUAUGUUCAAUGUGUAAAAGAGAUUGUGUUCAUUUCAUCAAAAUCUUCAUCUGCCCACCUUUUCUACUUUUAGAUCAGUUUUCAUGUUGUUAACAUUUUGCAGUUUAAUUUUUAAAAUUUGAUGUGUGAUUUAUUUGCUGCCUUAACUACUGUUCUUAUGCUUGAUAUUUUUGUAGAAGAAAAAUGACCCUGUGUUACGUCAUACUUUUAAAGGAUACUUUAGGUAAUAAAGUGUGAUAGCUCAUAUUGUAUUAUUUCAGUGGUAAAUAUGUAUUGUUCAACUACUGUUUUUUCUUUCUUGCCUCAAAAUACAUGUAUGCAAUACAUCUUUUGUUUAAGUCAGGGAUUAAAAAGGUGCACACUUUUAAGAAAUAAGAUUUCUGCAUAUUUUUUUACGUGCUGUCUUUUAUUGAAUUAUAUUUGUUAAACAACGCUGUAUGGUAAGAGCUUGAAUUUACUGUAUGAACAAGUUUUUGUUUAUAGUUUAGAAAAUGUUUAGUGGAAAACUAGCAAGAUUUUUAAACAGUUAAAUUUGUGGAAUAUUUGUUUACUUGUAUUGCAAAAAUACUAACAGUAGUUUCAUAUUUUGAUUAAAUGUUUAAGAUAGUAUUUUCUUACUUAUAUCUUCACCCAAUUAGUACCAAAAUUAGAUUUGAGAGAGUCAUAAUAGAAAGCAUUGUCAUUAUACUUUCUAGACUAAUUAUUUUUUUAAUAACAAAACAUCCAAAAUGUGAUCUUUUUUAUACCUCUUAAUUGUUACUGUUUUGCUCUUGCUUGACUUACAUUUAGUUGAUAUGUAUAUGUUUUUCUUAUACAUUGUUUCAUUUUGUGUAAAUACCCACUUUAAUUGAUAAUACAGGAAUAUUAUUCUAGUACAAAAUUUUAGAAAAUUAAAGAAAACAUUGAUUUGAAACAGCAAUGAUAAAUGAGAGGCUGAUAAAUUUUUUCAAUGUCUACUAUAGUACUUGUCAAAAUGCAACCAACAAUUUUAAAAAUGGCUUUUGACUUUUUGGUAAAAGUAUUAUAAAAAUGCCUACUUAUUUUUCUUUAAAUAUAAACCGAUUUGUAUUUCUACAAUUAAUACAAAUGUUGUAAAUUGUCUAGUCUAUUUUAAAUAUGCUAAUCUAGUAGGGAUUUAAGCAAUAUUUUAGUAAACACUAAUUGUAUAACAAUUCAAUGAGAAGAUAUUGAAUAGUUUAGUUACAGACUACACAAGAAUUUUCUGCAAGGUUUUUUUUUUUUUUUUUGCUUAGAAAUUUGCAAUAUUCGCUAAACGUAAAUAGGAAAAUUUUGAUUAUGUUAAAUGAUUACCUUAAAUAAAUCUAGUCAGUAAACUAGUAAACUAAGCUAGUAGUAGUGUUCAUAGUGAUAUGUAAUGUAAUUUUAACCCUUUCAGUCACAUGCCCAGAAUCAUUGCCAAUACCCAAAAAAAAAUAGAAUGACUUACUGCAAAUGGUUAUGUCAGUAGCAACAUAUACUUAACUCCAAAACCACUUCUACUACUUCCUAGAAAGUCUCAAGCACUAAAACAUUUUUUCUCUAUUUUCUCUUUAGCAUUUAAUACCUUUUUUCAUUUGCCAAAAAUAAAAGUCCUUAAAUCAUGUUUUAAAAAUUUUUGAAGUCCCCAAAAAUUAAAUUUUAUAAUGUAGUUGUAGAAAAACUAUCUCUUCAAUUUUAACAAUACUGACUGUUUUCAAAUUGCAAUUGUAUUUUUUUUUGUGAUUAAAGGCUGAUCAGAGAAUUUACAAUGUUAACAUUAUUAAGACAAUAAACAGUGCCCCCAUUUUAAGAGAUAAAGUAGAAGAAACUAAGGGUUGAAGGGUUUAACAUUACAUUAUGAAAUUUGAUCUACAGUAUGCUCCUAAAAAUAUAAGAAAAAAAAACAGCAUUCAAGAAAAAAGAAAGGAUACUAACAUAUUUUAUACCAAUUCUAAAAACUCCUGCAAAUAAAGAGUUAAUAGAUUGACAAAAAAGAAUGGUUUAGAUUUAUAUGUUGUUGGUUUAUGAAAAUUUAUAAAAUUAUCCUGCCCAGUUAAAAUGUUGAGAUUUAAAAAAGAUAAAAUAAUAUGUAAAAAUAAUAAACAUAAUACAGUUAAAAUCGUUUGUAAUGAAUGUGCCUACUUAAAGAGAGUAUGAUUUUGUUUGCUCAGUGAUAAAAAUGAUUAUAAUUAUUUAGACUCUGUUUACGUUUCAUGGUUUAUCUGUUUUUAAAGUUGAUUGCAACUUUAAUUUACUGUUGAUAUUCUUCAAAAUGAUUUGUAUGCAUAAUUUAUUUCCCUCAAUAGUGUGAUUUCUAAGCAGCAAACAGAAAUUAAGACUAUGCUUUAAUAUGUACCUGUAUAUUCAAUGCUUAAAAACAUAAUUUAACAAAAAUUUUAAUUUUAAUUUCUUAUUAAAAUUUAGAAUGAAAUUGAAAUAAUUCUAAAAAUUUCUAAAAUCUAACAGCAAAUUUUAAUCACAAUUUUCCUCUUGAAAAAAAAAAUUUAGUUUGAAUUAUUAUUGCUGUUUGAACACACUAUAUUUAGCAAAUUUUAAAUUUUAUCAGUUACUGUGGAUGUUUUUUUUUUCACACUUGUAUUUAUUAUGUUGUGAAUAAUUUAUACAUUUGUAUUUCCAUAAAUUUAAUUUAUUGAUUUUGAACAUAAAAUACAGUCAUGUGCAGCCUUGUAUUUGUACAUAAACUUAGUGCAUUUCCCACUACUUUUCAUCCUAACAAUCCUGCCUUCAUACCUUUUUUCACUCAUCCAAGUCAAUAAUUUAGUUAUUUCUAAUGUUGUUUAUUACAUUGUUUUAUUAUAUCUCUCUGGUGAUCUCCAUUUGCAAAAAAAAAAGUUUUGAUACAUUUUUUCACUUCGAGUUACUGAAUAGUAACUUAUGCUUGAACUAUGAAACCUUGGUUGCACACUUCAAUCUUUGUAAUUACUGACAAAAUUUAUACCUCUAACAGAUAUGUGAGCCCUUUAAGUGAGAUCUGGUGCUAUGCUGUAUUAUUUUAUGUUGGGUUGAAUGUUUGUAUCAUUACCUAUAGUGACCACUGUUUUCCUCAGACAUCUUUCUUUAGCGUUUCUAGUUAUUAUUAAGCAUAACACUUCUGGAGCUAUGAUUGGCUUUUACUUUCAAUUAUGAGUUUAAAGUUACCAAUAGAUAAUGCUUUAUUCAUGCCCUACCAAAUUUGCAUUCUAAUAAAACAUCCCUCCUUAAAAUAAAGAACAAAAAAAAUUUCACAUGACAUUGCUUUUUGUGAAAGCUGCCUUAAUUGUUUUGUAGCCUUUUUACAAAGUCAUUUAUCAGAAACUUUACACAGUAACAUUAUGCUUGACAUUACUAAAAUAUAUUAUGUUUUUUAAUUAUACCGCAAGUUGCAUUUUUUUCAGACAGCAUAUUAAUCAUUAAGCAUUAAAAAAUCGCAUGUAUUUUUGUGAAAAGCUAAUUUUGAAAAAACUUGAAAGUUCAUUUUGUGCUAGAAACAAGUAUACAAGCAUAAUUAUAGGUCAGAGUAACAAAACCAAAUAAUAUAGAUGUGCAUAAUUAAAAUUUAAAUGGCUUCACUUUAGACCUUGUGUUUCUUCUGUAUGUCAAACCUGAAUUUUCAUAUCAAGCAAUGUAGGCAUAUAAAAAAAAAGUUUAGUCUAAAGUGACUACACUAUAAAUGUUAUUGUUUACAAAACUGAAAUGUAUUUAUUUUAGGUAUAUUGCAUUUUAACUUGGCAGCAAGAUAUGAAUGGGUGUUGUCAGGCAAUUAAUUUCAUUAGGAUAUUUGUCAUUUGCCUUUCAAAAAUCAGUUGAUAAUGAAAGAAUAACAUACUCAAAAUCUUUUUUUUUUUUCAGCCCUUAUGUCUUGUUAUGAAAUCAACCGGUUCUUUUGUAAGAUAUAGAGCAUUUUAAAAAGUAACUCAUUGCCUUUAUUUUUGUUGAAAUUCUUUAUCUUUUUAAAUUUCUAAAUUUUUAGCAUAUUUGAUAAAGCGCAACUAAAUAAGAGUAAUUGGUCCCGGUUGUAUAACUGAUUUACAUGCAUGUUUUAGUUGUUUUGGUAAUAUUUUAGAAAUGUGUAAAUAUUGGAAGCUCACAUAGGGUACUCAUCUCGUUGAACUUACUUUAUUCAACUUUCUUCUUCCCUCCAUAAAAUACAAUCAUGUUUGCAAUUUUCAGUGUCUUAGAAUAUUGUUGAGAAAGUAAUGCUUGUUUUUACAUUUUAUUUUUUACUGAGUGAAAAUAAGUGAUUUAUAUUUUAGAAUAUAAUUAUAUAUUAACCUGCAAUGAAAAUGUAAACUAAAAUUUUGUGUAUGGCAUAUUUUGUAAUUGUUACCUCCUUUGAUGUGAAAAUGUCCUUUUUUCUUAUUGCUUAACCAAAAGUGAUGUGAUAGUUAUUUUAAUAAUGUAAAAUUUAAAAUGUUUCACAAUAUUGGUGCAAAAUAUUCUGCAUAUUUUAAUUUUCAACCUUUCUAUUUUUUGUCAUAGCGAUAAGUUCAAGUUACGUAUUUAAUUUUACAAAAAAACUUGAUUAUUGGUAUUUCUAGUUUUUACAAAAGGCCCAAUCUUUUAUAAAAACAACUUAUAAUAGACAUUUUGAUUGUAGUCGUAAUCUAUAUUCUAUCCAUAAGUUACACAGGUAUUAAAUUGAAAUCCAUUUGAAUUUCUCAAAAGGUAUUUUAAUUACUAUUGAAAGUUAAAAUUGGCACUAAAUAAUAACAAAACCAUUUAGAAUAUAGAUAUCUAGUUAAAUUUUUUUUUUACCUACGUAAAUUAGAAUAAAAUACAUCUUGUUGAGGAUUAUUUUAAAGUACAUAUUUAAAAUUAUUUUAAGAAUUCUUUUUUGCUUAAUGGAAAAAAGUUUUAUUUCUUAACUUAAAAAGUUUACAAGCAACUUAUACAUCUAUGGUUCCCUUAGAGACCAGUGUCUACUAAAAUAAGCAACUUUUGUUUGUGACUGUUGUAUUACUAUUAGCUACAUUUUAGCCGUUAAGUAGUUUUAUGUACAUAUUUAAUAAAAAAUAUUUCGAGUUAAACUUGAGAAUCACUUUUUUCAAACAUUAUAGAGAUUUAAAAAAUCUAAUUUGUGAGCUUUCUUAAUAAUUGCAUAACCGUUCAAAUAUUAAGCAAUAUCUUUAAAUUUGGAAUUUGUUUUUUUUUUAAAGGUGAUGUUAGUGCCUGAAAAGUGAUAUUUAAAAAAAAAACAGCCCUCUCUGUUGUUGCAUCAAGUUGUUUAAAUGUCUGUCAUCAAUGUUCACAGUGUUUAGCCUUCACCGUGUCUUCUGCUUCUCUAUUGUUUCAUUAAUUAUGCUAUUUGUCCUGUUUCUUUUUUCACAAUGUUGUAGACACGUGGUUUAGAUUUUUAAAACCAAUUUUUUGGUAUUAAGAGUUUGGAAACAUCAGAUUUUCUACACUAAUUAUCAUAAAGAGG